GUCACGUGGGGCGCGGAUCCUGGGUGGGAGGGGGUUGGCAGAGGGGUCUGGAGCGGCAGUAAAGGAGGAAGAUGGCGGGAUGCAGGGCUUCUUCCCAGUGCUGCUGCUGCAAGUUUUGCUGCUGCUGCUGCGGUGAGCAUGAGACCCGCACCCCAGAGGAGCUGACCAUCCUUGGAGAAACACAGGAGGAGGAGGAUGAGAUCCUUCCAAGGAAAGACUAUGAGAGUUUGGAUUAUGAUCGCUGUAUCAAUGACCCUUACCUGGAAGUUUUGGAGACCAUGGAUAAUAAGAAAGGUCGCAGGUUCGAGGCCGUGAAGUGGCUGGUGGUGUGUGCCAUCGGAGUCUGCACUGGGCUGGUGGGUCUCUUUGUGGACUAUUUUGUGCGACUUUUCACCCAGCUCAAGUUUGGAGUGGUACAAGCAUCGGUGGAGGAGUGCAGCCAGAAGGGCUGCCUCGCCCUCUCUCUCCUGGAACUCUUGGGUUUUAACUUGACCUUCGUCUUCUUGGCAAGCCUUCUCGUGCUAAUCGAGCCCGUGGCAGCAGGUUCUGGGAUACCCGAGAUCAAAUGCUAUCUGAAUGGUGUGAAGAUUCCAGGAAUCGUCCGUCUCCGAACCCUGGUCUGCAAGGUCUUUGGAGUGCUGUUCAGUGUGGCUGGAGGGCUCUUUGUGGGUAAAGAAGGCCCCAUGGUCCACAGUGGCGCGGUGGUGGGAGCUGGCCUCCCUCAGUUUCAGAGCAUCUCCUUACGGAAGAUCCAGUUUAACUUCCCCUAUUUCCGAAGCGACAGGUAUGAAAGGGACAAGCGAAACUUCGUGUCAGCAGGGGCAGCCGCUGGAAUUGCAGCAGCAUUCGGGGCCCCGAUUGGGGGUACCUUGUUCACCCUGGAGGAGGGGUCAUCCUUCUGGAACCAAGGGCUCACGUGGAAAGUGCUCUUUUGUUCCAUGUCUGCCACCUUCACCCUCAACUUCUUCCGUUCUGGGGUUCAGUUUGGAAAUUGGGGUUCCUUCCAGCUCCCUGGAUUACUCAACUUCGGCGAAUUUAAGUGCUCUGACUCUGAUAAGAAAUGUCACCUCUGGACAGCUAUGGAUAUGGGUUUCUUCGUCGUGAUGGGUGUCAUCGGGGGCCUCCUGGGAGCCAUAUUCAACUGCCUGAACAAGAGACUUGCAAAGUACCGCAUGCGAAACGUGCACCCGAAACCCAAGCUCGUCAGAGUCUUAGAGAGCCUCUUGGUGUCUCUGGUAACCACCAUGGUGGUGUUUGUGGCCUCAAUGGUAUUAGGAGAAUGUCGAGAGCUGUCGCCUUCAAGUCGAACCAGAAAUAACUCACUGCACCUCCAGAUGGUAACAGAAGAUGUGAAUUCAAGCACCAAGACCUUUUUUUGUCCCAAUGAUACCUACAAUGACAUGGCCACACUCUUCUUCAACCCCCAGGAGUCUGCCAUCCUCCAGCUCUUCCACCAGGACGGUACUUUCAGCCCUGUCACUUUGGCCUUGUUCUUCGUCCUCUAUUUCUUGCUUGCAUGUUGGACUUACGGCAUUUCUGUUCCAAGUGGCCUUUUUGUGCCCAUUCUGCUGUGUGGAGCAGCUUAUGGACGAUUAGUUGCCAAUCUCCUAAAGAGCUACAUUGGAUUGGGCCACAUCUACUCAGGGACCUUUGCCCUGAUUGGUGCCGCAGCUCUUUUGGGCGGGGUCGUCCGUAUGACCAUCAGUCUCACAGUCAUCCUGAUCGAGUCCACCAACGAGAUCACGUAUGGGCUUCCCAUCAUGAUCACCCUGAUGGUGGCCAAGUGGAUCGGGGACUAUUUCAACAAGGGCAUUUAUGACAUCCACGUGGGCCUGCGAGGCGUGCCGCUUCUGGAGUGGGAGACCGAGGUGGAAAUGGAUAAACUGAGAGCCAGCGACAUCAUGGAGCCCAACCUGACCUAUGUCUACCCGCACACACGCAUCCAGUCCCUGGUCAGCAUCCUCCGCACCACGGUCCACCAUGCCUUCCCGGUGGUCACUGAGAACCGGGGCAAUGAGAAGGAGUUCAUGAAGGGCAAUCAGCUCAUCAGUAACAACAUCAAGUUCAAGGUAAAGGAGACGGCCCUGAGCGGAAAGAAAUCCAGCAUCCUCACCCGAGCCGGUGAGCAGCGCAAGCGCAGCCAGUCCAUGAAGUCCUACCCCUCGAGCGAGCUGCGGAACAUGUGUGAUGAGCACAUUGCCUCCGAGGACCCAGCGGAGAAGGAGGACCUCCUACAGCAGAUGCUGGAGAGGAGAUACACUCCCUACCCCAACCUGUACCCUGACCAGUCCCCGAGUGAAGACUGGACCAUGGAGGAACGCUUCCGCCCUUUGACCUUCCACGGUCUGAUCCUUCGGUCGCAGCUUGUUACCCUGCUUGUCCGAGGAGUUUGUUACUCUGAGAGUCAGUCGAGCGCCAACCAGCCCCGCCUUUCCUAUGCCGAGAUGGCCGAGGAUUACCCGAGGUACCCCGACAUCCACGACCUGGACCUGACGCUGCUGAACCCACGGAUGAUUGUGGAUGUCACCCCGUACAUGAACCCUUCGCCCUUCACCGUCUCACCCAACACCCACGUCUCCCAAGUCUUCAACCUGUUCAGAACGAUGGGCCUGCGCCACUUGCCCGUGGUGAAUGCAAUGGGAGAGAUCGUUGGGAUCAUCACACGGCACAACCUGACAUACGAAUUUCUGCAGGCGCGACUGAGGCAGCACUACCAUACCAUGUGACCAGCCAGUGUGGCGCUGCCUGGGGUGGCAGCUUGCUCUUACUCCAGCUGGCAUAGGUGGCUGAGAUUGUUCCAGGGCAUGGAAGAUACCUAGUCACCCUCUCUCUCAGAAAACCUACAGUCAUUGGACACUUUGCUGGUCAGAGAACCUGGUGUUGGUUUAGAAUCAUCAGCAUCUGAACUUCUUUCACUUCCUCAGCAAGUAUCUUCCCAUCUCCUGCUCCCCAUGUUCCUGCCAUCUGGGUCAGAACAGGCCAUGCUAUUCUCUACUAGAGUCAGGACCAUAGGUGGAAAUCAGGCUAACUUCAAGCCGUGUACCUUUUCCAUCUGAGAACCCAGCUGUUUCCUUAAGUGUAUGGAAUGGACUUUGGCCAAGGCAAACACUGGGGGUGGGGAGGGGAGAGUUGCCAGUUGCAAAAUUAAGUUAAUGACUAAAUUUAAGAAUUGGACACUGAGAAAAUUCUCCAUGUUUCAGGGAAGUCUUCCUUUGCUGUGACUCUUAAUUUAGCACCUUAGUUCAUUCUGCUUCCUGGGUGUGGGCAGGGGUCCGGCCUUGCACCUGUGGUCUGAGUCUCCUUGGAGCCCCCACUCACCAGCAGCAGAAAGCAUUAAGGCCCCACCGAUUAAGUGGUAAAUCUGAGAAGAGGGUCAGAUUUUUGUCUGCCUUAGUUUGUAAAAUUUCAACUUUCUUUCCAUUUGCAAAUAAUUUGUGGUCUCCUAGGAACAAUUUCUGCCCUGGUUUUGUUCAUCUCUUUAGCUAUUAGAUUUUCCUUCAGUUUUUAUCCUGGUGAAAGAGCCACAGCUCAAAGGGUUUUGGCCUCACCUGCCAAAGUUGGCUAAAAGCAGGGCAUCCCUGAACUCUGGGGAAUGGUACCGCUUUUUCCAAGAUGGAAAGGAGACACUCCUGAGCCCGUGACCAUUUCAAGGUACAUAUUAUGAGGAAGCAUAUGGUUUACUUGAGGAAGAAGAUGUCUGCCCUUCACAAACAUCUCUCCCUCCCCUGCUGUUCGCCACCUCCACCCUACAUAGCAGCUGCAGGCAGGUUUGAGGAGGAGACUCCCUGCCAGCAGCUGCUUGCAGGUUUUACCAUCAAACAUAGGAACUGUCCCUUCUCUCGUGACUUCCUUUCUCUCCAGACUGGUUGGUCCCCUCUGACCAGGCACCCAAAGUGAGCGUCCAAGCAUCAGCCCCUGGCAGGUGUCUUCUCCUAACUUCCCUUAAGGGUUUAUCCGCAUCUUGGUCCGGGGAAAUUGUAUUUUGGGACCCAAGAUGGCAUUCAUUUGCAUUUAGUUUUUUUCAAACCAUGCAAGUUGCCUGCCAGCCUCGGCGCCUGUUCUCUAGGCCUCAGUCUCAUGCUGACUUCCUUUGCCAGGCUCACUAUAGGGAAUGUCCUGACCCCCCUCACUCAGCGAAGGGCUGUUCCAGGACCCUUCCCAACUGACUGGCCCCUCCAGUCUCCUCAUCCCCUAACCUCUUUGAUCAAAGUGACUUUGACUUGUGAGUUUUUCCCUGGAUGCACCUGACUUGUGAAAUGGGGAUGAGACUCCCAAUAAAUAGUUCAGGAAACGCCAAGCACCAAAAAGGCAAGCCCUUUUAAACGUGACCGUGUUCAGUGAGCUGCCGCUUUAUGGCAUGGAAAGCUUUU